AUGGCCGAUACACCCAAGGUCGCGUCUGCAUCGGAGCUGGUGAGCUUCCCAUCAAUCGCGGUCUGCAUCCUACUAGCUCUCGUCUCGAUUCUGUUCUGGCGCUUUUUUCUGAGCCCUAUCUCCAAUGUUCCGGGCCCCAAGUGGGCAUCUCUCACGCGAUUAUGGCACAUGUAUCAGAUAUGGACAGGCCAUCAGAACCUCACUAUACUGGAGCUUCACAAGGAGCAUGGCCAUUUCGUCCGCAUAGCGCCGAACGAAGUCAGCGUGACGCACCCUGAGGUUAUAAAGAAAAUGAUACUCACCCCUCAACUAAAGGGCCACUGGUACAAAAUGAUGAGAUUUCCCGACUGGAGAUUUCGUACAGCUAUGUCCGUCCUGGAUCCAAAAGGCAAAGUCGAAAUAUCGAAGCAGUUGGCAUCGGCAUACGCAAUGAGUAACGUAAUCAAAUCUGAGGGCCACAUUACAGCCCUCAUCGGACGCCUUCUGGAGUGGCUGGACAAGUUCGCAGAGAGUGGCAAGCCGAUGGACCUGUCGCAGUUCUUCACCUUCACUGCAUUCGAUGUCGUCGGGGAAGUGGUGUUUUCCAAACCCUUCGGUUUCAUCGAACAGGGAAUCGACAUCGACGAUUGCAUAUCCCAGACGCUGAAGUUCGAGAGCUAUAUCUCCAUCGCCGGGUUUGCCCAGUGGCUGCAUAAUCUGCUGGUGGCCAACCCUUUCAUCACGUGGCUCGAUAUCAUGCCUACGAACUAUCUUGCUAAGACAUCGGACGCGGCCCUACAUGAGCGCAAGAAGAACCAGGACGCACGCUUCGAUUUCGUGGCGCACUGGCUCAAGUCUCACGAGCAGAACCCUGACAAGCUUUCUUACCGUGAUCUCCAGUCUGCCGUCAUGGCUAAUGUUGGUGCCGGUUCGGAUACGGUCUCAUGCACUCUGCAGUCCACCGUCUAUCACAUGAUACGACACCCCGAUGCUUGGCAGCGUGCCCGGGAGGAAAUAGACCAAGCUAGAGAAAAGGAUGGGAUCUGCCGCGACCGCGUAGUUUCCUACGCCGAUGCACAGAGACUGCCUUACCUACAAGCCUGCUUUAAGGAGGCUCUGCGGAUCUUCCACCCCGUCUCUAUGGGGACACCCAGGGUCGUUCCCAAGGGCGGGAUCACCAUCGCCGACCGAUCCUUCCCAGCUGGGACUACGCUGUCGCUCAACACCUUUAGUAUGAACCUGUCGAAGGACGUCUGGGGGCCUGAUGCCCGGGAAUACAAGCCUGAGCGGUGGAUGGUUGAGGACACAAGUGCACUCGACAAGAAUUUCCUGCCGUUCUCAGGGGGUAUCGGAGCGUGUGUUGGGCAGCAUUUGGCCAGGAUUGAGAUAUUCAAAAUUCUGGCUACCAUCAUUCGGGAUUAUGACAUCGAGCUGGCUCGGCCAGAUCAGGAAUGGAAGUACUAUGCUUAUUUCACGGUGGUACCUGGUGAUUGGCCGGUGUAUGUUCAGAAGCGAGCUCUCUGA